CGAUAGUUGAAACUUGCUCAUUAUUAUCUAUGUAGCUAAUGACUAGUAUACACUUAACUCUUGAAUAGGUAUGCAGUUUCCUUUGAGAUGUGAUAACAUAUCGCCUUGAAGAUAUAUCGGGGGCAGUAAUAUUCGUCCAACUUGAUAUGAUUGGGCUAGGAUGGGAUUUCCUUUGGCUUUUCGGGUCUAAGGGAUGGAGCGAACGUGAAAUUGAGAGAAGGUGGGAGCAGGAUAUCUUGGAAUCGAAGUUCAUUAGUUUGUUUGACAUCGAGGGGUAGUUUCCAGAAUAUGAUGACAUGAUGGGCCGUUACCCUCUACGAUAUGCUACAUUGAAGUAGUCGUAGUUUCCAUCUAUAUAUCUCAAUGAUGGAGAAGGAACACCAGAGGCAUAGAACGUGAAGCACAUUCGUCUCUUAUAUCCUCUUAGGUCCUCUUCUUCUCCUCUCUCUCUUUUCCUUUUCUUUUUUUCCCCCAUCAAAUCGAAGAUACUAGCAACCUCACUUUCUGACUACCUGCAACGUUCUAGCCAUGGUUAGCUAUAUCCAAGUCAUCGUUCUCGUCUGGACUAUCAUCUCUGGGCUCUUAAUUAUUCUUGUCCAUACUUCGUUGGGCAAAUGGUUUACUCAUAAGAGCAAGCCAAUUUUGGAAGCUCUGGGGCUUGAAAUUCCAAAGUCCCCACUGCCCUCUGAUCACCAGGAGACCCUGGACGCCCUGGGAAGAUAUCAUUAUACCAAUAAUGAAAAUCAACAGGUGAUAAUCCGGCUCCUCGGUGAGUUGAAGAGUGAGUUAGUGGAACAUCACAGAGGGACCCACGAUCGUCAGAGUGGUGUUGUUGCGGCUGUUGCCGCCAUCGUGUCUGUCAUACACGAUGCUUCUGCUGAUGGCCGCGAGCAUGCCCGCGAUUUGGCGCGACAAAACCACGAUUUCUUUCGUGAGUUGAACCGUCAACGCAGCCGAUAUCUAUAUGCUAUUGUAGAUCUCGGAGUGGGCAGAAUCCUGAGGGAACUUCCACAGUUAUUGUCUCGCGGUGAAAAAUCCGAUUCCCAAGAUCGUCGUAGACGUAGGAACUCGGCGUGAUUGAGACACGAAGUCUCUUAGCCUCUUGGUACGAGGUGGGCACCGGGUCUGAACAAAACGGCCGGUGUCUCUCCAGCGCUGGGAUUGCAUCUUGACGCGAUGCUGGAGCUUACCACCUUCGGGUGAACUAAGACAAUCCCAAAUCCUAGGUUUAUUCAUCAAGUUACCCGACCUUAGUCCUCGAUGCUCAUCCUCGUGCUUCUCCCGUAUACUCCUCGGACGUCUCAUGUAUACUACAUGAAGCUGGUGGAUUUGUCGGGAUUCUGGAUGGGACAUUUCUUGCCCCACCUCGUGACAGACCUGGCCUGACAUAGUCUCGUACGUGACACAUCUUGACGGAGUGACCGUGACUGCCGUUGAUGACGAUGUAUAAAAGGCCACUCUUUCCUGAUAUAUCAUCCUUUUGAAAGUGAUAAUUGUGUACGUAUGGUAGUUAUUUCAGACCUGGUCAUCCUUAUAUUUUAGAUAUG